GUUAGCGGAUGUACUGCGUCGGUUCCUGUCCCUGUCAGUCUGCGCUGUAUUUGACUGUGAGAGAAGUAUGGACUCUCCCAGUGUAACCUCAGUGGUCCUGCUGGCCUGCGGCUCCUUCAACCCCAUCACCAACAUGCACCUGAGGUUGUUUGAAUUGGCUCGAGAUCAUCUUGAAGACACAGGUCAGUACAGGGUGGUGAGCGGCAUCAUCUCUCCUGUGGGCGAUGGCUAUAAGAAGAAGGGUUUGAUUGAGGCCUGCCACCGUCUGGAAAUGGCCAGAUUGGCCACAGAGAACUCAGACUGGAUCACCGUAGAUUCCUGGGAGAGCUUGCAGCCUGAGUGGGUGGAGACGGCUAAAGUGGUUCGGCAUCACUAUGAGAAACUGCUCGAGACAGAGCAGAACUGUGAUGAGACGGACACAGUCAAAUACACCAAAAGGAGACGAAUAGAGAAUUUUUCUGAGGCUUCAUCUCAUCAGAAAAGUAGAGGCAGCCCUCAGCUGAUGUUGCUGUGUGGGGCUGACAUCCUGGAGUCCUUUGGGGUCCCCAAUCUGUGGAAGCAGGAGGACAUCACUGAGAUCCUGGGCCGCUAUGGUUUGGUCUGCAUCACUCGCGUUGGCAGCGACCCAAACAAGUUUAUCUACAAGUCGGAUUUGCUGUGGAAGCAUCGCAAGAACAUCCACUUGGUCCACGAGUGGGUGACCAACGAUAUCUCCGCCACUCACGUGCGCCGGGCGCUUCGCAGAGGUCGGAGCGUCAGGUACCUGCUGCCAGACGCCGUGUUGAGCUACAUUCAACAGAACGACCUCUACAGUGCAGAGAGCGAGCAGAAAAAUGCAGAUGUGGUUCUUGCACCACUUCAGAGAUACUCUGGGGCGUCCUCGAACGGAUCACAUUGUAUUCACACGCACAUCUCAGGAGGAAUCAAAGGGGUCAACAAAAUGCCUACCAGCCUCUGUGGCACAUGGGACAUCAUCAGCAAUGUCAACUUUGAGGGCUACAUGAUUGCACUGGGCAUCAGCCCUUGCUUAAGAAAAAUUGCUCUGAAGGUGAAGUUGAAGAAGAUGAUUGAGCAGCAGGGAGACCAUUUUAUCAUCAAAACGCUAAGCCCCCUCCGAACUUACACUCUCUCCUUUCUGGUGGGCCAGGAGUUUGAGGAGUUCACCAAGGGACUGGACAACAGACACAUGAAGUCACAGGUGACAUGGGAGGGGAAUAAACUGGUGUGUGAACAAAGUGGAGAGAAGAACGGCCGUGGCUGGACUCACUGGAUCGAAGACAACAAGCUGCAUCUGGAGUUGUACUGUGAAGGAGAAGUCUGCAAGCAGGUUUUUAAGAAGAAUGCGUCGGACUGAAGAAGACAGAGAGUUGUAUUAGGUGAUGAAUGACACUGUGUGUCAGAUUCACUGAACUACAACAAAAGAAAUGUUGUAAAAAUUCAGGUUGUGGUAUUUUCUCUGUAACUAGACAUCAGUGUGGAUAUACACCAGUAGAUGGCAUCCCUGCAUUACUUUAGUCAGACUACACAGGUCUGUAGCUUGCUGGUGCUGGCCUCAAGUAAUAAAUAUACAGAAUGAAGAGCAUCAGGCAUGUUUAUUGCACCUUUCAGCUGGCUGAAAAAAAGCCUGUAUAACCAGCCUCUGAAACUUUUUGUUUCUCAGAAACCUUUUUUGUACAAAUUACAAUAUAUAUACACAAUAUAUGCAUUUUCUUUGAGGUGGCUUUUUGCUCUUAUUCUGGCAUUUGGUUGAGCUAUAUGUCAAAUCAAAAUCUCAGAUUUAUGCAAAUACUCAAUGUGCAGCAAAAGUGAGGUGCAUUAUGUCUGGAAUAAAAUCUUGUUUUGGAAUUUUGUGAAAUAAAAAUGGUUUUGAAAAGAA